GUCCCAUUGAUGCGGAAGGAUACAAACCGCCAAACAGUAUUUUAGUGUCGUCAACCACGCUUCGUCAAGAUUUCUCAGAAUAUCUGAGUUACAGUGCGAAACUUUACCGGCGAAUUGUAAAAGCGACUUAAUUAUUUUGCAAACCUGUUAAAUCUUCAAAAUGCCUGAAAUCAACCCUGCUGAAGAAAUGGAGGGAGAGAAGGAAACCUUUGCUUUCCAGGCAGAAAUCGCUCAGCUUAUGAGCCUCAUUAUCAACACUUUCUACAGCAACAAAGAAAUUUUCCUCAGAGAGUUGAUCUCCAACUCUUCUGAUGCCCUUGACAAAAUUCGCUACGAGUCCCUUACUGACCCAAGUAAGCUGGACAGUGGGAAAGAUUUGCACAUCAGAAUCAUUCCCGACAAAGAAAACAAAACCCUCACCAUUGAGGACUCUGGCAUUGGUAUGACAAAAGCAGACUUGGUCAACAACCUUGGUACCAUUGCAAAGUCUGGCACCAAAGCUUUCAUGGAAGCACUUCAGGCUGGUGCUGAUAUCUCUAUGAUUGGACAGUUUGGUGUGGGUUUCUACUCUGCUUACCUCGUUGCUGAUCGUGUUGUUGUAGACUCAAAGCACAAUGAUGAUGAACAGUACACAUGGGAGUCUUCUGCAGGUGGCUCCUUUACAGUCAGCCCAUCUCGUGCUGCCCCUUUGUCCAGAGGCACAAGAAUCACACUCUACAUGAAAGAAGAUCAACUUGAGUACUUAGAAGAAAAAAGAAUCAAAGACGUAAUCAAGAAACACAGCCAGUUCAUUGGCUACCCCAUCAAACUGCUUGUAGAGAAGGAACGUGACAAGGAAAUCUCAGAUGAUGAAGAGGAAGAGAAGAAAGACGAUGACAAAGAAGAAAAAGAGGAAGACAAACCAAAAGUAGAAGACUUGGAUGAAAACGAUGAUGCUGAUGCAGAGAAAGACAAAAAGAAGAAAAAGAAAAUCAAGGAGAAAUACAAUGAAGAGGAGGAGCUGAACAAAACUAAGCCACUCUGGACAAGGAAUGCAGAUGACAUCACACAGGAAGAGUAUGCAGAAUUCUACAAGUCCCUCACAAAUGACUGGGAGGAUCAUCUUGCAGUCAAACACUUCUCAGUUGAAGGCCAGCUUGAAUUCAGAGCUCUCCUUUUCAUCCCCAAGAGAGCUCCUUUCGAUAUGUUUGAGAACAAAAAGAAAAAGAACAAUAUCAAAUUGUAUGUGCGUAGAGUGUUCAUCAUGGACAACUGUGAAGACUUAAUUCCAGAAUAUUUAAAUUUUGUCAAGGGUGUUGUAGAUUCUGAAGAUCUACCAUUGAACAUUUCCAGAGAGAUGCUCCAACAAAGUAAAAUUCUCAAAGUCAUUAGGAAGAAUCUAGUAAAGAAAUGUGUCGAACUCAUUGAAGACCUCACAGAAGACAAAGAAAACUACAAAAAAUUCUAUGAACAGUUUGCAAAGAACUUGAAGCUUGGUAUCCAUGAAGACAGCACUAACCGCAAAAAACUAGCAGAGUUCUUGAGAUACUACACAUCCCAGUCUGGUGAUGAAUUAUGUUCCCUGAAAGAUUAUGUUUCUAGAAUGAAGGAAAACCAGAAAGACAUUUACUACAUCACAGGUGAGAGUAGAGAAGCUGUCCAGAACUCUGCUUUUGUUGAGAGGGUCAAGAAGAGGGGCUAUGAAGUGAUUUACAUGAUUGACCCAAUUGAUGAGUACUCAGUGCAGCAGCUGAAAGAGUUUGAGGGCAAAAACUUGGUCUGUGUUACAAAGGAAGGUCUUCAGUUGCCUGAAGAUGAGGCUGAAAAGAAACGCUUAGAGGAAGCCAAAUCUCAAUUUGAAGGCCUCUGCAAGGUCAUGAAAGAAAUCUUAGACAAAAAAGUAGAAAAGGUUGUAGUAUCCAAUCGUCUAGUCACAUCUCCCUGCUGUAUUGUCACAUCACAGUAUGGCUGGUCUGCUAAUAUGGAGAGGAUCAUGAAGGCUCAGGCACUUAGAGACACUAGCACCAUGGGCUACAUGGCUGCCAAGAAACACUUAGAAAUCAAUCCAGAUCAUCCCAUCAUUAAAACCCUCAAAGAAAAGGCAGAUGCUGACAAAAAUGAUAAAGCAGUGAAAGACUUGUGUUUACUUCUGUUUGAAACCUCUUUGUUAGCAUCUGGCUUUAGUCUGGAAGAUCCUACAUCACAUGCCAACAGAAUCCACAGAAUGAUUAAACUUGGUUUAGGAAUUGAUGAUGAUGACUCAUCAGCUACUGAGGGCAGUGGAACAGAUGCAGCUAGCACAGAAGAUAUGCCACCACUUGAAGGAGAUGAAGAUGAUGCUUCAAGGAUGGAGGAAGUUGACUAAGAUGUUAUUUAUUUCAAAAAUUCCAUUUCCACAUUUGAAAAGUUUAUGAUGUUGAAGUCUUGAAUUAGCUAGACCUUGUACAUUCUACAUCAGACUAAAUCUUUCAGGUGUACAUUGACCAUAUUGUUCACUCAUUACAUUUGUUCAUAUUGACAAAAUUUGUGCAAUUUUGAUACUUUAAUAAAAUAUGUAUUGAAUUCAA